CCCGGAAGCGGGAGGUGCACCCGGAGAGCUACCGGUUCCAGACCAGGGAGGCGGCGGCCUCUGGCUGCUUGGCGGCUCACCCCUUCUGCUCGCCGCUCCCGCGGGGUCUCUGUUCUGCAGCCGCCCGGCCCACCCGCGCCCCGCCGCCAGCAGCCGCUGCGCCCGAACUGGCGAAAGAGCCAUCUGGGCUGGAGAGAAAGGGACGCGGGAGCGGCCACGGCAGCGUUAACCUCCGUUUGCUCUCAUCAUGGGAGAGAUCAAAGUCUCUCCAGAUUAUAAUUGGUUUAGAAGUACAGUUCCCCUUAAAAAGGUAAUCGUAGAUGACGAUGACAGUAAGAUAUGGUCGCUGUAUGACGCUGGCCCCAGGAGCAUCAGGUGUCCGCUCAUCUUUCUUCCUCCUGUCAGUGGAACCGCAGACGUGUUUUUCCAGCAGAUUUUGGCUUUGACUGGAUGGGGUUACCGGGUUAUAGCUUUGCAGUAUCCUGUUUAUUGGGACCAUCUUGAAUUCUGUGAUGGAUUCAGAAAGCUUCUAGACCACUUACAGUUGGAUAAAGUCCAUCUGUUUGGGGCGUCUUUGGGAGGCUUUUUGGCUCAGAAAUUUGCUGAAUAUACUCACAAGUCCCCCAGAGUCCACUCCCUCAUCCUCUGCAAUGCCUUCAGUGACACUUCUAUCUUCAACCAAACGUGGACUGCAAACAGCUUCUGGCUGAUGCCAGCGUUUAUGCUCAAGAAAAUUGUUCUUGGGAACUUUUCCUCUGGCCCAGUGGACCCGAUGAUGGCUGAUGCCAUUGACUUCAUGGUGGACAGGCUGGAGAGCUUGGGUCAAAGUGAACUGGCCUCAAGACUAACUCUCAACUGUCAAAAUUCUUAUGUGGAACCUCACAAAAUCCGGGACAUCCCUGUAACCAUCAUGGAUGUGUUUGACCAGAGUGCGCUGUCAACAGAAGCCAAGGAGGAAAUGUACAAACUGUACCCUAAUGCUCGGAGAGCUCACCUCAAGACAGGAGGCAAUUUCCCCUACCUGUGCAGGAGUGCGGAGGUUAACCUUUAUGUGCAGAUUCAUUUGCUGCAGUUCCACGGAACCAAAUACGCUGCCAUCGACCCGUCAGUGGUCAGCGCGGAAGAGCUGGAGGUGCAGAAAGGCCGCCUCAGCCUCAGCCAGGAGGAGCCGUAGACGGGGGCUCGAGGCAUGCCAAGCCAGCGUGCACAAUCAGUCCAGGCUCGUCGGGCACACUGGUCCUGUUCUGGAAGUAGGACUGAUUGUCAUCCUCACAUGACAGCCAUCAGCUCUUCUAAGCCAGUGUGACUGUCCCUUCUCAAGGCUUGUUUUUUUU